AUGGCUCCGACAGAGUUCCUUUCAGUCCUGCCCUACGUAGCCGCCGCAGGUGUGUUUGCCGGCCUGUACCUGCUGAGGAGGCACGUGAGAGGACAGGACUGCCGCAGCGACGCCCGGCUGGACGGCAAAACCGCCAUCGUCACCGGCGCCAACUCCGGUAUUGGCAGGGCUGCGGCGCAGGAGCUGGCCGCGAGAGGUGCGCGAGUGAUCCUGGCCUGCAGAGACAUGACGAAAGCGGAAACAGCUGCGUCUGACAUCCGUCAGGCCACCGGAAACGGAAAUGUCGUAGCCGGAAAGCUGGACCUUUCGUCGCUCGCGUCCGUCAGAGAGUUCGCAGAUCACGUGAACAGGGAGGAGGAGAGACUGGACAUACUCAUUAACAAUGCAGGAGUGAUGUGGUGCCCUAAGCAGUACACAGCUGACGGAUUUGAGCUGCAGUUCGGAGUGAACCACCUCGGCCACUUCCUCCUCACACACCUGCUGCUGGACCUGCUGACGUGCUCCGCGCCCAGCCGGGUCGUCACCGUGUCGGCCGUGGGGCACGCGCACGCAAACAUCGACUUCGACAACCUGAACGGGGAGAAGUCGUACAGCCCGUUCCAGGCCAACUUUCAGAGCAAGCUGGCAAACGCGCUGUUCUCCAGGGAGCUGGCCAGGAGGACAAGAGGUACAGGUGUGACAGCGCUCUCCCUAGACCCCGGCCCUGUACGGACCGACAUUGCCCGGCACAUGCCCACCACACUAGGCCCGGUCCUGUACGCGCCCUUCUGGCUCGUGAUGCAGCUCAUCCAGCCCAUCGUGAAGACCCCCCGCCAAGGCGCACAGACCGUCGUGCACUGCGCGGUGGCCGAGGGGUUGGAGGAGUGCUCGGGCAUGUACUUCAGUAACUGUGCCCCUGCGGAGCCUGCCCCCCAGGCUAAGGACGACGCCGUGGCGAAGCGGCUAUGGGAGGUUAGCGAGGCUAUGGUGGGAAUUAGGAGCUGAACACCACAAGCAAGAUUUCUUUCACUUUUAGUUAUCUUCUGUCAUUUUUACACACUUGAAUGGUUGGAAUCAGGGGCUGAACACAACAUGCAAUAUUUCUUUCGUUUUUAUUUAUUUUCUGUCAUUUUUAUCCAGGGUUGUCCGGAUCAGUAAAUACAGUCACUGCUUUAAAAGUUGUGCAGCCCUACCACUGCCAACAGGUCAGCUUAUGAACUGAGGAUGGUAGUCGGGAUUUUAUGGCAAACUUUAGCGCGGAGGAGACAUGUAAACAAUGACCUGCGAGUCAUGUGUGUGUCUCCAAACGGUGGCCUUGUGGUGUUAAUGUAGUCAUUGUAACUUUUGUGACAGGUUGUGACAAUGACACAGAACUUCCCAAGGGACCAAAAUACGUGUACAGGUAAAGUGAAUAAGGUGAGAAGCUGUAUAGGUAUGCAUUCGUUCGUUCAUAUCAUUUGUUUAUAAAGACUAUUGAUAUUCCUCUA